AAUAAUUUUCUAUAGAAAAGAUUACAAAAGAUUUAUUUAUUUAUAUAGACCAGAGUCUAAAGAGGGCACGUUUUGGUAGUAUUUCUAUAGAUUGAAGAAAAACAACAUGUUCAUUAUUAAAAAGUGAUAAAUAACUACAACUAUUUAAUGACAAGGGUGUAGGGUACAUAAUAAUAAUAUUUAAUAACAACACGUCUAACCCAUACAAUAUUAAACUGUAUGUAGUAGUUGUAAAGUCCACUGGUGACUAGAACUGCAUAAAGAUCAUGCAAACAUCUUUUGAAUGAUAGAGCAUUAACAUUUCAGACUUGUGAAUGAACGAACUCUCAGUCGUUCAAACGGUUAAAAUCAAAUUAUAUAAACUUUUUUUAAAUAAAUAAAAAUUUAUACAUAAAAUGAAUAAAAAACUACGCGUAUGUGUUAUAGGAGCGGGUACGGCUGGCUUGUCGGCGGUAAAACAUUCUUUGGAACAUCAUAUGGAAGUGGUGUGCUAUGAAAGGGAGGAACAAGUGGGUGGCACUUGGGUUUAUAGAGACACUGAUGAUGUCACCAAACAAUAUGAUGAAGAGGUGCACAGUAGCAUGUAUGAGGGUUUAAGAACCAAUAUACCCAAAGAGGUUAUGGGUUAUUCAGACUUCCCUUAUCCCCAAAAGUUUGACUUAUCAUUUAUUACUUCUGCCAAUGUUUUGGAAUAUCUAAAUCUUUAUGCUGAUCAUUUUAAACUAAGACAUCAUAUUAAAUUGCAACAUGAAGUGAUACGUGUUAGGCCACGUUCCAAUCAGGAAUGGGAGGUUCUUGUUUUAAAUCACAAGACAAAUACUUUAAAUAAACAACAUUAUGAUCGAAUUUUUGUUUGUAAUGGUCAUUUCAAAAAACCUCAAUACCCCGACAUACCUGGCAUGGAUAUUUUUAAGGGCCUGCAAUUACACAGCCAUCUUUAUCGUUCAGCACAAAAGUUUAAAGGUAAAUUUAGUGGAAACCAUUUUCUAUAGGCAAGAGUGUGAAAAUGUCGAUAUCCAGAUUCUAAUAGGCUAUAG